AUGGAGGACUCUUCCGACUGGCAUCCCUCGUACCCGCAAACCCAGCGACCCUUAUCCAUGCCUGUCGAAUACGAUGCCGAAGCCGCGUCGGGCAGCGAAGCGCGCAUCUUUGGUCAGCGUCAUCACAAGCCCCAGACUUCAGCAUCGCGACCCUCAGCACGCUCCAUAUCAUCCUCCACCACCAGCGUGCCCAUACCGAUCCCGUCAAAUCCAAAUGUCAUUCCCGGCAACCUUCUCCCGUCAGCGCCGGCUUCUCCACCGACCCCGGCUCCGUCUCCAACACCCGGUCGCCGUCUUCCUAGCUGGGCCUCUACCGCUGCACCUUCUCUCGACCUGAACAUGGCAGAAGAUGGAGAUUCGGACGAUGCUGGCAGCGAAAACACUUUCACCGUAGACAAGGGAUUGAGAUUUAGACACAUGAAGACAAUGUUCUCUGACAUGGACAAUGACGAACGCAAACGCAUCCUGACGGAGCUGUUGAUGGACUGUGAUGGCAAGCUGCUGGGCUAUGUUGCCAAUUUUGUUGCACCACGAUUGAAAAGAGAUCCGUUCGGUGUAUUGCCUAAUGAGCUUUGCCUGAGGAUACUUACAUUUAUCGAUGAUGCCAAAACACUUGCUCGCUCAUCCCAGGUAUCAAAACGAUGGCACGAGUUGGUUAGCGACGACAUGGCCUGGAAGAGCCUCUGCGAGAAACACGCUUAUCGCCGCAUGUCGGACGAUGCUCCUUCGACCAACACCAGGCAGCAACAUUCGUCACCAUACGAGCCGUCUCACACAGGGUCAUCCCUAAGCUUCGCCACGCAUGCUUUGCGCAUACACAACCCCGCACUUGCCAGCUUCAGCACUUCGACCCCUGAUCUGAGUCGUGUCAAGAGUCUUGAUAGAACAACUUCAGCCCCGGUUCUGCCAUCUUCAGCUAUUCGCCGACGACCGCAGGCCAUGACUUACCGCUCGCACUUCAAGCAAAAGUAUCAGGUCGAGACGGCCUGGCGCAUGGGCGGUAAGGUUGACCAAAGACAGAUCACUCCUGAUCAAGGUGUUGUGACAAGUUUACACCUUACCGACAAGUACAUCAUCGUUGCUCUGGACAAUGCCAAAAUACACGUUUUCGACACCGAGGGCAAGCAUUUGAGAUGUCUUCAGGGUCAUGUCAUGGGUGUUUGGGCUAUGGUUCCUUGGGGUGACACCUUGGUUUCAGGCGGCUGUGACAGAGAUGUCCGCGUCUGGAACAUGGCUACCGGGCAACCUAUUCAUAUGCUGCGCGGGCAUACUUCUACUGUCCGUUGUCUUAAGAUGUCGAAUGCCACCACGGCGAUUUCUGGUUCGCGUGACACGACUCUUCGCAUCUGGGAUAUCGAGAAGGGCCAAUGUAAGCACGUCCUCAUGGGCCACCAAGCAAGUGUUCGCUGCCUCGAGAUUCAUGGAGACCUGGUCGUUUCUGGAAGUUACGAUACCACUGCAAGAAUCUGGAGUAUUAGUGAGGGAAGAUGUCUCAGGACUUUGCAAGGCCACUUCAGUCAAAUCUAUGCGGUCGCUUUCGACGGCAAGCGCGUUGCCACUGGCAGUUUAGACACUAGCGUCCGUGUCUGGAAUGUUGCGGAUGGUAAAUGUCUUGCAAUCUUGCAAGGUCACACAUCCCUAGUCGGCCAACUACAGCUCCGCGGUGACACCUUGGUAACUGGUGGUAGUGAUGGCAGUGUCAGAGUCUGGUCAUUGCAAUCCUACACGCCCAUCCAUCGUCUUGCGGCGCACGAUAACAGCGUGACGUCGCUGCAGUUCGAUGAGUCGCGUAUUGUUUCUGGUGGAUCUGACGGCCGUGUCAAGGUUUGGGACCUCCAGCGCGGAUGUCUCGUACGAGAACUCGGCCAACCCGCCGAAGCAGUCUGGCGUGUCGUCUUUGAGGAAGAGAAAGCAGUCGUCCUUGCAUCUAGACAAGGAAAGACAGUCAUGGAGGUCUGGAGUUUUGCACCGCCAGAAGAUGGAGAUGUAAGCAGUGCGGCAUCAAGUCCUGCUGUCAUUUCUAAGCCGGCACUACCUGCUAGCGAGCCUUCACCAAUGCACAUAUCAGAUGCACCGGCAUCUGAGGAUCAGGUCGAGGAUACGAUCAUGACAGAUGAAACGAAUCACGAGGUUUCUUCGCCAGUCAUUUCGUCAUGA